UGGAAGCAAUCCACCAGUAUUAGAUGAAUGAUGCCUCGUACAGGGGAUAAACGAGAAGACGGUGGUAACUGUUGACAGAAAACAAUCCGUUGUGGUUCCACCAUCCGGAACUGGCAGCAUCGGGUUUAUGCGCCAAGAAGAUGAUGGUCCAUUCAGUUAACGGUGAGAGACUCUAAGUUGUAUUGAACCAGCUUUCUCUGGUCAUGCUGCACACCAGUGGUGAAUGCAGAACGUGAGGAAAGGGAAAGCGAGCUGCCUUUAUUAUGUCGCACCACCAUUUGCGAGGUCAUCAGGGCCGUGCUGCCAGUAUGGAAGAGAGGAGUGCUACGCCAGUUCAUAAGAGCGCCACCCCCACCCACAAGAGUGCCUCCUCCUCCUCAUCCUCCCAGAGAGACAGCAGACAGGAAGCCGACAGCUGGGAGAUCAUUGAGGGGUUGAAGAUUGGCCAGACGAAUGUCCAGAGGCCUGAUAAACAUGAGGGCUUUAUGCUGAAGAAGAGAAAAUGGCCACUGAAGGGCUGGCACAAGAGAUUCUUUGUACUGGAUAAUGGAAUAUUAAAGUACUCCAAGUCCCCCAUUGAUAUACAGAAAGGAAAGCUGCAUGGCAGUAUAGACGUAGGCCUGUCUGUCAUGUCCAUAAAAAAGAGAGCUCGGCGGAUAGAUCUGGACACAGAGGAGCACAUCUACCACCUCAAGGUGAAGUCUCCGGAUGUCUUUGAUUCCUGGGUGUGUAAGCUGCGUCACCACCGGCUGUACAGACAGAAUGAGAUCGUGCGCUCCCCUCGUGAUGCCAGCUUACGAACCUUCCCUCCUCCUACCACCCUAGAUUCACCUCAGACAACCCCCGCUUCUGCUCACGAAACCAAGCAGGUAAAGCCGAACUCUUUGCCCUGGCAACCUUCUCUGCCCUGCACCACCAACCUGCCACCGUCCUACAGCAACGGUCAGAGCAAAGUAGCAGCAUGGCUGCAGGAAUCAGAAGAAAUGGACAAAUGUGCAGAAGAGCUUGCUCAUUGUCAAUCCAGUCUGAUGGAGCUGAGCCGACUGCUGCAGAGUUUGGAAAUUCUACAAAGAACACAGUCAGCACCGAGCUUCACAGAUAUGCAGAGUAACUGUGUAGAUUUGUCAAAGAAAGACAAGAGAGUCAGCAGAAGAUGGAGAACAAAAAGUGUCAGCAAAGACACAAAAGUGCAACUGCAGGUACCCUUAAGCGCAAGUAUGUCACCAAUGCGUCUCCAUUCCUCCAAUCCAAAUUUAUGUGCAGAGCUUAUUGAUUACCAAGCUCCCGUCACCCGUCUGACUGAUGGCAUUGAGUGUACCAGUGAUUAUAUCAAAUUGCAAGAAGAUUUUUGUAUAAUCGCUCAGAAAGUGCACUCACUGCUGAAGUCUGCCUUCAACACGGUGGCUAUAGAAAAGGAAAAAAUCAAGCAGGUGCUGUCGGCGCAGGAGCUGUCAGGCCAGUCAGCUCAGAUUAUGACCCUCAGACGCUCUCUAUCACAGGCCUUGUCGCAGAAUUCAGAGCUGAAGACUCGUCUGAAUCGUAUCCACUCAGAGUCUGUGCUUUCAGAGCAGGUGGUCAGUGUUAACAUCAUCAGCAGUCCUGAUGAGGCAAGCGAACAGAUCCAUGUGGGGAUACCUCUCACACAGCAGGCCUCUAAUGAAAGCAGACUCUCCAUGUCAGAAUCAGUCUCUGAGUUCUUUGACGCUCAGGAAGUGCUGCUUUCAGCCAGCUCAUCAGAGAAUGAGGGAUCUGAUGACGAGUCUUACGUCAGUGAUGUGAGUGAUAACAUUUCAGAGGACAAUGCCAGCGUUACAGACAAUGUUUCCAGACAAAUGCUGAAUGGAGAUGUGGUCGGAGGUGUGUUCCGUAAUGGGAGGCGUACGUGUCUGGCUGCACCCUCUCCCGACACCACCAACAUUAACCUGUGGAAUAUCCUGAGAAACAACAUUGGUAAAGAUCUGUCCAAAGUGGCCAUGCCUGUGGAGCUGAAUGAGCCUCUCAACACCCUGCAGCACAUGUGUGAGGAGCUGGAGUACACCGAGCUGUUGGACAAAGCAGCCGAAACUGAUGACCCCUAUGAACGCAUGGCGCUGGUAGCUGCGUUUGCUGUCUCAGCGUACUCCUCCACAUACUACCGUGCAGGCAGCAAGCCCUUUAACCCCAUCCUAGGGGAGACCUACGAAUGUAUCCGGGAAGACAAGGGCUUCUGCUUUUUUGCUGAACAGGUGAGCCAUCAUCCCCCCGUCUCUGCCUGCCACUGUGAGUCCAAAAACUUCACCUUCUGGCAAGAUGUCAGGUGGAAGAAUAAAUUCUGGGGGAAGUCUAUGGAAAUCCUUCCCAUCGGCACAGUCAACGUCAUGUUUCCCAGUUACGGUGAUCAUUAUGAGUGGAAUAAGGUGACCACGUGUGUGCACAAUAUUCUGAGUGGGAGGAGGUGGAUUGAGCACUACGGAGAGAUCACCAUCAGAAACAACAAGAGCAGUGUCUGCAUCUGCAAACUCACCUUUAUAAAGGGUAACUAUUGGAGCUCCAGUGUAAAUGAAGUACAGGGCUUUGUGAUGGACCAGGAGGGGAAAGUAGUCCACAGACUGUUUGGAAAAUGGCAUGAAGGUCUUUACUGUGGAGUCCCACCAUCUGCUAAAUGCAUCUGGAGACCAGGCUCCAUGCCCACAGACUAUGAGCUCUACUAUGGCUUCACCAGGUUUGCUAUUGAGCUUAAUGAACUUUGUCCUGAGAUGAAAGACCUGCUUCCACCUACAGACGCCCGCUUCAGACCAGACCAGAGGUAUCUGGAGGAGGGAAAGCUGGAGUUAGCCGCAUCUGAAAAACACAGGAUUGAGGAUCUGCAGCGAACAAGAAGGAAGCGAUUUGAUGAGGCCAACAUCAAACACCAGCCACGCUUUUUUAAAAAAAUUGUUGACUCAAACCAGAGAGAGAGAUGGGUGUCCAAUAACACAUACUGGGAGCUGCGUAAGGAUCCUGGCUUCCUUACGAUGGAAAAUCCUCAACUGUGGUAGCAUCUGAAAGCUUGUACAAAACAUAUCACCACUGCUACAGACUCAGAAGCUUUACCUAUGCACAAUGCAGCUUACAAUGAAGCGCAGGGGCAGAGGACCGUACCGAGGGCUUUCACACAACUGCAAAUACGAACUUAAGGAAGCUAAUAAUGAAUAAGGCCAGACUACACAUUACCACCUUCUGUAUCUAGACGUUUUUCUCUAUACUAACAGGCAGAGACAGGGUCAUUAACAACAAAUAGAAGAUCUGUCUUAAUGAAGCCUGUUGGGCUUCCCAAUACGGCCUUGCCUUAAGAAUCCGCUUUUUAAAUACCUGGUUUUAUGGUUUUAGCUAAGGUUGUUUGAUUUUUUGGCGUGUGGAUUUAUCUCUUGAUUUACGUACAGUAUAGAGAAUAUCCUGCAUGUUUAGAUGGCAGCUUUCAUUGGCAUAUGCUAUAAUGACAACAUAUCAAUUGUAGUUUUAAAAUGUAACAGUAUUUUUGUAAAAUGUCAGAUCUUAAAACCUCAUUGCCAGUGCAGGGACAUGGAGUCUGCCCCACAUCAAGGCAGAUUUAGACCAGCCAGUCCAUUUUUGAAUUUUUUUAAUUCAGUACCGUCUGCUACCCUAAUAGGGACCAAGAUCUGGUCUUACCUAAGCUGAGUUGGUGUUUUUUGUGUUGUGGUUAGAAAGUAAAAGUUGAUUUGUUUUUCAUCAUAUGUUUUUAAAAGUACCACAAAAUGCUGUGGAUUUUGCUUAUGGCAGACUUCUGGGCAUUUGAGUAGCUCUUGGGCUAGUAUCUGUUUGUGGGAUAUAUAGCAGUAUAUUUAUCCAUUUACAUUCACAAAAAAAAAAAAUUUGGUUGUUGGCUUUGGGAUGCACAAAUACUUAACAGUGCAUUUUAGCAUAUAUACUGCUGGCAGACAUUUUUCGGCAAAUAUACCACAAAUAGACCUUAUUUCCCUAAACUACUACCCAUUCCCUAGUAACAGGAGUUAUUGCCACUAUUGUAAAGAUGUAUAAGCUAAAGUAUUUUGGCUACAAGUCUGGUCUGUCUGCCAGGUUCAGGCUAUUCUUAUACUGCUCAUGUAUAAUUCACUGAUUGCUCAGAAAAAGAAAUCCAACAGCAGCUCUGUUUACUUUUACUGCAUAAUAGACACCCACAGACUGCUCUGUGCUACUGUGCAUCCAAUGCAUUACAUCCAAACCCUAAUUUUAGAUUAACUUUAGCUUUUACAUAUUUACAAAAUAUCUGGGCGGUAGAGGUCUGGGCAGGACAGAUUUUUAACUGUCAAUUUCUCACUAUACUGGCUUUAUUCAUCCCAGGUCCCAUGUCUACCGUAAGAUCUUGUCCUCAAAUACAUUUUCAAAUGUACUUUGGUUGUAGCUACUCUGAAUGUCCUAUAAUUGUUGAAGCAGUGCCAGAUUCCAGUGUCAGCUAAAGAAGAAGGGAGCGGUCCACAAGAACGAGUAGAAAAAAAGUCAAAGAAAUGUUCAAUGUUUCAUUUCACAAUAAAGAUCAAAGCUCUUCCUGUCACAACAA